CUAGUUCUGGAUUCUCACUAUUCAGACAUGACGAUGAAAGCUCAGAAGACGACGACGAGAAUCAGGAUAGAGAAGAGAAUGAGAAUAUAGAUGAAUCGACGGAUCAGGAUGAUGAUUCGGAAAAUGAGAGUCCGGUUAACAUGAUAUCAAGUACCCACAAACAAUUCAACCCGAAAAAUAAAUCGGUAGAAAGUCAGAGCAUUGUCCCGGGAAUGUCUGAAUCGGCACCGUUGUUCUUCUUUCAUUUUGGAGACAAGUCACUGGAAAAGAGAUCCCAUUACAGAGAAUUAAAGACAUUUAUGCGCACUGAAUCCAUGCAAGUAUUACAAGCUACAUUGUCAUAUCUCAGACAAAUCCAUACUAAAAUCAAGUAUUUGUGA